AUGGGUAAUACAUCUUCCAAGACCAAGACCAGCAUCAAGAAGAAAGGCAAGAAACUGAGCAACGUGGCUGUGCCGCCUGCUCUGUCGAAGUCUGAUACUACUCAGUCGACGAAGUCUGUGAGAUCGCAAAGUUCGCGACACUCGGAUGUUUCUCGACCUACACACUCAAGGAAAAGCAGUAUACACAACUUCGGUGCAUCCUCAGAGGCUUUGAAUACUGAGGAACCCCCUUUAGCGAGUACUAAUGAUACAAGGAAAGGCACUGAAAAUAUGUCAGCCAACAAUAGCAUUUCUAAUAACAUUGGUGGGCUAUCGAAUUCAGGUGGGAAUAAUACUGAAGGUAAUAAUUAUCUGACGGCAGGAACGUCUAUGAAUAACGCGCGCAGGGCGUCGAGCUCUAGGAGGUCUAGUUACAACCAUGGUGAACUGCCGCCUUCUAUGAUACAGAUAGAACCGAAGCCACCAAUCUUAAGAAACAGCAAAACAUUGUCGUCUGCAAACUCUUUCGCAUAUGAUGAAAAUGCUCUUACAGAUGAUGAUGAAAAUAACAACAGCAUUAGUAAUAAUAAUGAUAAUAGCAUUGUCCAUACCUUUGGUAGGGACAGGAAUUUAUCCGCCACAGAAUUUCAAAGAACUAGCUCUAUGUCUUCAAGUUCUCGAAUGAGAAGGAAGUCUGACAACAGCGGCAUUGAUCGUGGAGAUACACCAAUUGGUAAAUCAUCUCUCCACAGGACAAACUCAAUGGCUUCCUCAUUACUUAGUAGGAAGUCAUCAUUUGGUUCCAAUGGCAAUACAGAAUAUAGUACUCCAUUACAUUCACCAGCAGCAGUAUUGGAUGGCAAUAGAGGGGAUUAUUUCGGAGCACAACCUGGAGAAAAUAACAACUUGGAUACGAUAGGUGGAAAUAGGGACAAAUUAGCUGAAUUGAACAACGAUAAAUAUAGGAAAUCUAGUAUGUCUUCUAAUCAAUCUGGGCACUCUAAAUUACAGAUUGACGCAUAUCCUUCAAUUUCAUCUGACGUAGCUAUCGCUGAAGCUCAAACUGAGAUAGGUAUUGAUACGAAAAAGAAGAAACCUGUUAAACCAAUUGAUAUUGAUGAGACAAUACAAAAACUUCUGGACGCUGGUUAUGCAGCUAAGAGAACUAAAAACGUAUGUUUGAAAAACUCGGAAAUUGCACAAAUAUGUCAAAAAGCUAGAGAGAUAUUUUUAGCACAGCCUGCAUUAUUAGAAUUGUCACCAUCGGUAAAAAUUGUGGGGGAUGUUCAUGGGCAGUAUGGCGACUUACUGAGGUUAUUUACCAAAUGUGGUUUCCCACCAAUGGCAAAUUAUCUUUUCUUAGGUGAUUACGUUGAUAGAGGCAAACAAUCAUUGGAAACAAUUCUACUACUACUUUGUUACAAGAUAAAAUAUCCAGAAAAUUUCUUCUUAUUGAGGGGCAACCACGAAUGUGCAAAUGUUACUAGGGUUUAUGGUUUUUAUGAUGAAUGUAAGAGACGUUGCAAUAUAAAAACAUGGAAAACCUUUAUUGACACAUUCAAUACACUGCCCCUAGCAGCUAUUGUCACUGGAAAAAUCUUUUGUGUCCAUGGCGGUUUAUCACCAGUUCUGAAUUCUAUGGAUGAAAUUCGGCAUGUAAGCAGACCUACAGACGUACCUGAUUUUGGUUUGAUUAAUGAUUUAUUAUGGUCAGAUCCAACCGAUUCUCCUAAUGAAUGGGAAGAUAAUGAACGUGGUGUGAGCUACUGUUACAAUAAAGUGGCUAUCAAUAAAUUCUUGAACAAAUUUGGUUUUGAUUUAGUUUGCAGAGCACAUAUGGUUGUGGAAGAUGGCUAUGAAUUUUUUAAUGAUAGGAGUUUGGUUACUGUGUUUUCAGCCCCGAACUACUGUGGAGAAUUUGAUAACUGGGGUGCUGUUAUGAGUGUUAGCGAGGGGUUAAUGUGUUCUUUUGAAUUACUAGACCCAUUAGAUAGCGCCGCUCUGAAGCAAGUCAUGAAGAAAGGAAGGCAGGAAAGAAAGCUGGCUGCACAACAACAACACCAACAACAACUACAACAAGAUUAG